AUGUGUGAGGUGGCCAUGGAGGAGCAGGAGAGGGAGAUCUCGGACAUAGAGCCGCAGGAGCAACCUUCCGUGGCGGAGAAUGGGGUCAUGAUGGUAGUGAAUCACAGCCAGGUCCAUGCCCCACUCAGCGUGGUGUUUGCCACCCUGCUGUACCUUGCGGAGUUCAUCACAGGCGCAGUCCUCUGCAGCAUGUACCACAAGACCGACGACAACAUCUGGAUGGGCUUCACCAUCACCUUCAUGCUGGUGCCCGCCGUGCUCAUCCAGCUCACGCUCACCUUCAUCCACAGGGACCUGGGCAGGGACCGGCCUCUCGUGCUCUUGAUGCACCUGCUGCUUCUCGGCCCUGUCAUCAGGUAGGUGUCCAGGUGGGCCAGGGGAGGGUCAAAUUCACAUUCAACUUUAUUUGUAUGGCACUUUUCAGAUAAAAAGAUGUAGUUGAAAGUGAAAAUACAACAAUUAAACAACAAUAAAACCUUACCCACACACCCACCCAUGGACCCACACAGACACAGACACAGACACACACACACCCUCACUCACCCACACAUACACACACACAAGCUUACACAAAGUGAGAAUUCAAGAUAUAUUGUUAAAGAGACAUGGCCUGACACUGUCACAUUAUGUGAGCAAAGCGCUACCUUUGGCAAACACUGGAGAUAAAGAUAAAGAAUGAAAUGGUAAAAAGAAAGAGUAAAACCUGAUGGACUAAAACAAGAAAAUCAUAAUAAAUGAACAAAUAAUUAAGAGCUCUUUACCAUAUAAAAAAGGGGUAAAAGAAGUAAAAACCUCUAUGAUGGAAAAAUUCUAAAAAAAGACUAAGAACAGAGAUAAUUGAUAAAAUGACAUAAAAGAAACAUUAAGAUCAUCGAUUAAAAUGAACAUUUGCAAUAAGAGAAAUAUAAAAGGGUGAGUCUUGAGCCUCAUCGUCAGCAUGACAAUGACUGUUGACCACAAACCACAACAGUCUGCGUAUUUUUCUCCUGAAGGCAGCUUAUCAGGACAUUCGCAAAAUCACAAGUCAGCAUAUUUCAGAGUAUUUUAAAGUCAUGACUUAAAAUCGGAUGAUAAAAAUUAGAGCAGUUUUAACAUUUUCAUUGUUGACCACAUAGAGGCUCAUUAUACUGAGUGUUAACUAGACAGAAAAUUCAAUUUGUGGAAAAAAUACAACCUGUCUGUUGGUUGCAGCUUUGUAAAUGUGAUGCACUGUUAAAUUUGCAUAAUGGAAAAAAACAGACAAUGAAAACAUUUGUAAAUGUAGGACUGUUAAUCCCUCCUUUUCACGAUGAUUCAUUCCUAAUCUUAAUCCACAAACUGGUCAGAUUCAAGAAAGGCUCUUACAAUAUUCAGCAUGAUUUAUCAUAGCUGAGUUUGAUGUUUUAGUUUGUGUAACUAAGAAAGUUCUUCAUUUCCCAAUAAAAAUGCAGUUUUGUUUAUUACCUGUUGUAAGGACAAAAGACUAGAAAUACAUAUUCUGACAGUGUGCAUCCUUGUCCGGGCAAAACCGAAACCGAAAUCUAAUCCCUGAGGUUGAUCAGAGUGCAUGAUGUUUGCAAAGCCCAGCUAUAUAACAUGUAAAACGAGAUAUUCUAUUUAGUCAGCUUUUUAACAUAACAAAAUGUGCAGCUUCUACUCAUCAGUCACAGUCAGGUGCAGCAAAUGGAAUACAUGCAGGGAAUUUUUACAGAGGAACUAAAAGCAUCCAGCUACAUUUAUGGACUCCAACAAUAUCCUGCAGACUAAUGUCACAUUUUCAAAAUGAAGAUACUUUUCUUCCUUAGAAGCUGAGAGUUAUUCCCAGGUUUCCUCUCUUUUUUUCAGUUUGUUUAAUUUUCAGUCAUUCACAUAUUUAUCACAUUAAUCAUGAUUACUCCUCUGCACAUUACUCUGAGUUAAGUAAGAGAAACAUUCCCAAAUUUUAGCUCAUGCAAAAUGCUGCUGCACAGCUAGUUUCAGAAUUGAUUUGAAGAUUUCAAGGUCAGGCAUAUCUCUUAAGAUUUUAUGGCCAUGAUGCAAGUGAGAUCCUCUGGUAGGAGCUUUCUUAAUGCCCCUGAAUCUUGACUUCUAACUACAGUGAUGAGGCCUCUCUCUGUUUGCAAACCCCUGCCAGAGGGUCUCAGGUUGACUGCGUCAUCAUCGAAACUGUCUUUUAACGUAGGUCUGGUUGCUGUCUGUACUUAACUGGUGUAAGUGAGCACACAUCUAGCUUUGAAAAAUGUUGUAAGAGCUGUUUGUAUCAUACAAUAGAGUCAAGCAUGCAGAAGUGAGUGCUGCAGUUUGAGAGCUUAGGGGUAGACCCUGUCAGUCAUUGUUUUGAGGAGAAAGGCUUUUGGUGCUAAGAGACCUGAUGAUGAAGACCUCAUGAAGUGAGAAGGGAGAGAGAGAAAGAAAGCCAAGAGAGAAAGACAGAGAGAGAGGAGGCGUUAACCCUGAAGGAGCCCAAAACAGAUUUGAUCCUUCUUCUGAUUGAACAACCUCCUGGAGGCAAAAUAAACACUGUGAAGGAUGUCUUUAAAAUGCCAAAACUAAAGGAAAUAUACACUGAUAAGUAAAAGCUUUGCAAAUUUAAUAAUUUUUCUGAUUUAAAAAGAAAUAUGAAUGAUAAUGUAUGGCCAGCAUUACACUUUCAUAUGUUUAUCAGCUACAUCUUAUAGUCCAAAUGAAACAGUUCUAGUUGUGUUGGAGAAUCAUGGCAUCUUUUGAUUUUUUGACAUGGACUGGGAGAGAUAUGCAGAUUUGAUGAUUAUCAUCCUAAUCACACUCCAGAUGGAGAGCCUGUCCAGUGUGAGCAACAUGAGACAGAACAUAACAACCUCACACAUCCUCCCAACUGUUGAGCAUGCUGUAGAUUAGUGGAUCGACUGAUUACAGCCUUUCAACAACAGUAAUGAGAGGGCACAUUUCUGUCACAUAUUAAUAUCUUUUUCUUCUCUACUGUAAGAUUGUCUUCAAAUAUCGAAAGCUCUGACUUUGGACAGCUUUUUAAUCCUCCGUGAUGUGAUGAUAUUAUGAUGUCCUCUGGGUCACUCUGUCCCCCUCCCCCUCUGCAGUGUGGACUCUAAAACAAGUUGGUCGACUGGCUCUGCAGAGCUGACAUCCUCCCUUGUUACACAUCCUUCAUAAGUAGGGAGCUGCUCGGCUGAAUGACAUCAGCUUCAGGAUUAGGACACCUAAAUGCUUCCUGUGUCCAAACCAGUCAGUCCACAGACCAGACUGGGUUGUCUCAAAAGGAGAGAGAGAGAUGAAGCAAGAGGAGUUUUCCAUUAAGACUUAUAGGAAAAGAUUGAGUUAUUCCUGGAAAUGAAAGGGGAGGGGAAAAAUCAUAUGCGACAGGCCAGAACUAAUUUGUCUAAAUCACUUCUGAAGAUAAGGGUUUCAAAGCCGAAAAGAAAGAUAGAUCUGGUUUCUUUUUCUUGUUGGUGGAGGUAUUUUGUUUGAAAGCAGGAGGGCUGCACUUCAGUGUGGGUUGAUUCGAGGUCAGAGACCUGUUUGACAAACCGUGAGUCACAUCAGAGGCGGAGACUUGCACCUAAGUCCUCUGAGAUUCAAAUGUACACUUGAUACUCUCUGUCGCUCUGAACUUUGAGACGUCGUGGACAAUUCCCCUUGGGGUGCUGCCCAUUUACAACAAGAGUGUGAUUUAAGGGUGUGUUUCUUUUUUACGAGGCUGGAAAUUCACCUUUCUCUUCAGCUCUGUGGAACUUAUUUGCAGAGUUGCUCGAGGGUGUGAAUGAAUUUAAACAGUUUCCAGAAACAAAACACAAGUAUUUUCAGUAUUGCUUUUUUUUUAAAGCAUGAGAAUAAAGAUUAGUGAGAGCUACAGAUGUGAAACUCUUUGUUAUGGUAUGCAGAAGACAGGAAAUGAUUUUGUCGUGGGUGUUGAGCAAACACUCGAGUGCAACUGCUAUGUGAUAUAGAGCAUGUAACAGACAAAACUCCUCUGAAUACAGUAAAGACAGUUUCACUACACAAAUCAGGUUAAUGUCACACAACGUCAAUAGUUUUACCAGGAGGCCAAUUGUGCGCGGGGCUAAAUGCAGAUUCAUAGUUCCCACAGUUAACUAGACCAAGGUCAGCCACAGGUCUAUAAUUAUCCGUUUACACAUUGGAGAUAAAGCCACACAUGUCAUUGACCACCUGCAGCUCCACCGUCUAUUUCAAUCUGUAGUGAGAGAUUUAGAGCGCCCACACGUUCAGUCUGUUGUUUUGCAUUAUAGGAUUUUUCAGCCAACACAGAAAUCUUCGCUGUUGCUUUCAGGAUUUAAAAUUAUUUGGUUGUGAUGAACUUGCAGAGAAACUGCAGUGGAGGAGAUUUAUCGACAGCAGUCUGGACGUUAUCCAUGAUGUCUACUUUGAUUUUCCAACACAGCUGGACAGAAAGACUUUUACUUUGGAGGGUGAGGAGGUCUGGUUUCAGGCUCUGACUUGAAGGCGGUUCUUUGUUUUCAGAGCGAGACAGAUACUGUAAAUAGGCUAAUAUAAACCUAGUUAAACAGUGAUACUGGCGCAGUCUCAAACUCCACCCUAAAACCUGAACACCACACCCUCUUACACAAAGCUGAAUUAAGGCACGAAAUGUGUGGACCCAUGGGGGCUUGAAAUUGAAUAAAUAUGAGGACUUAGACUCAGUUUCUUAAUAAAACACUCAGGGGUGGAACCAGACUUUAAUGUGUGCAGUAGGUGUAGAAAUAGCUUUGUUUACCAUUUCUAUCCUCACAAAUGUCUUUUAACUACUAACACUAAAUAAUCUGCACUCUUUUAUAAAUCUUCUGAAUGUAAUUGUAAUGCACAGAGCGCUACCAACAAUAGCUAAUUUUUACUUUAGUCAUCUCUGAUAGGGCAAACAGCGAACAAUAUCUCGGGAUUUUGGCCACGAAGAUUUCAACGGGACCUAUGCUACUCAUGGCAAACCCUCCUGAUCUGCCCCAGAUCACACGUCUGAAAACAAACACCUACAUAUUCAUAUAUUCAUACAUUCUAUAUAGCCAUACUUGGUUUCAUCAGUUUUGUCAUGAGGUAAAGUAAAGUAAAGGUAUAAGAAAGUGCUAUUUCAUUAACACCAUCAUGACCCACACUCAAGGUGAGCGAACGUCUCGAAGUCUUGGGAUUGGGCCACCAUGGAGCACUGACAAGUUUAUAUUUCAAGUUUAAAAAUACUCAGCUAAUUAUAUACUGUGCUAUGUAAGAAAACCCACAGAUACAUUUAAAGAUAUAUUUCUAUGUUGUUUCUUUAAAUUAUUGUCAAUAUCAGUCCCAGAAAGCCUUAAAGGACAUCUGUAUAUUUACACAAGGUUUUAUCGAAGGACUACAUAUUUCAAAGUUGGAGAGUUUUUUUCAUUCAGGAUUGGUGGGUGAUUUAAAAACUACAAAGUAGGAAGUACAGCAAGAAGAAAACAAGUUUUCCAGACUUCCGAAGAAUUUACACACCCCUGUGUCUGGCCCCCUGACUCGAGGCUACAUCAAGUUGCGUUUUGAGUAAAGAAGAAACCAGGUUUUCAUGAGGAUAUGAAAAGCACGCAGUCCCUCAAAUCGCAACUUUGGUUUUGCUGUGUAGAUAAUUUUGCAUUUAUCUGAUGUUACCAGAAAGGAAACUAAAUCAGUGAAGUGUAAUUUUAUGAACCUCAAAAUAAUUUGUUAUAUUUUAAAGAAAAGCUGUCAAAUGCAUGAUUUGUUACAAGUCAGAUGAAAACAGCAAAUUUAUCUCUCAAUGCAAAAUUUAUCACAAUUAACGAAAUGUAUAAAAGUUUCAGUCUGGCAGGGGCAGAUCUGGGGGAAAUGAAAGGGGUGGCCAUGGCCCGUGUGGCUUAAUGGCCACCCUGUUAGCUACUCUAAAAUCCUACUGAAUGAUUUGUCAUUUUCCUUGUGGGAGGCAUAACCUAUGUUAAAAUCAGUUAUUCAGUGUGUGUUCAAAGCUUUCUCUGCAUGUAAACUCAUUUUAUCAAACUUUUAAUUGUGAUUUUGGACCAGCGUCUUUUUUGUGUGUGCAUGCAAACAUACUUCAUGCCACUCCUGCAAAAGCCAGAGUCCAUAUUUGCUCACCGCAGUCAAAAGAGUCCUGGCUGUGCCUCUACUGUGUGUGCAGAUAGCCGCAUAGCUAGCAUGGCUGAAACUCUCCUGGAUUCCUCCACUAGAAAAAAAAAAUAAGCUGAGAAAACCUGAAGCAGCUGUCCUCUCAGUAACGCACACCUUUUUAUGAUCCUGAGCACAUCUUUCCUCUAGCUAAGAAUGCUUUCAUGCUGCUUGUGAUUUACAACAGCGCAGACUCAUGGGACAGCUUCUGAUAUACUGCAACUGUACCUGCUGCGCGUCUUAUCUGAACUUGCUGCUUUCUGAAGCAUCUUUUGUUCAGCCAGGAAACAAACACUUAUUGUGAUUGCAGAACAUUUCUCACUGUACAUGCUCCAGGCUCUGUUAACUCUGUUUUAUUUCAAGCUCUUCUUAUUGCAUGCUGUGCUGCUGUAAACAAAUCACCUCUGCUGCUCUUGGCUCAGAUGGGAGGCUUCCUGUAUGACUCAGGAAAGCGUAAUGGCUGAUCUUGUCACUGUGCUUUCAAACACACCAAUUAAACCUCUUUUACACAAAUUGACAUUUUUUAUUCUUUCAGGGCUUUUAUGUAAGUUUUGGAGUCGGGGAAAAAGUUUGACAGUUUCCACAUGAUCAAAAUUCACACUGAGGAGUCAGGGUCAGGUUCUCCGCCACAGGGUGGGCUUUGUCUCAACUUGUUGCUGGAGUAUGUAAUCCUAAAGCAGAGACUCUGUAAUGACACUUGGACCAGUCUGAGCAUGCAAGCUGCUUGUUUUGCAUCUCUUUGUGGUUGGAAGUCUCUUGGCUGCUGAUGAGCACGAUGAGCAGGAUGGUGAAAUCCACAGUGACCAAAACAAGCCGCUCUCGCUGAAGCACAGCUGACAGAAUUUCCUGAACGCUCUGCCGCCCAUCAGAUAAAAAGACUCAGUAUUUAAGAUGUCAGAGGAGUGCGUUGACUCCUCUUAGAGGCAGUUCCUCUUCUUCUUCAUGCGUCGUUUGUUGCAGCAUACUGCUGUGUUCACAUACCAUGAGCAGAGCAGACUGCAUGUUUAGACUGCAAAUACAGAACAGAAGCCCGUGUUUCUUUCUAUAAAUCCAUGAGCUGCUGCUGCCUUGGAAGUCUGUGUAUCAAUUCAUUUGGCUAAUGCAUUCAUCAGAGCUCCUUUUCCUUUUCCCCUAAGUGAAAUCCAGUCUGUCUCUCGGUCGCUUUACAGAAUCCUAAGUGCACUGAAGGCUGGCUCUGGUUCAGCACGUUCAAACUGCCUCCUCAGCCCAUUGUGCUGCCAGAUUUCCAGGGAAUGGAUGUCAGUAAAUCAGGUUUUUGUGCCCUAACUCUAAUGUGGACUAAAGUUGAAUGACCUUGUAUGCCCACGGCAGGGGUAAAUAUAGCGUGUCCCGCUUUUAGUCUUCAAAUAACGACAACAUUUCCCCUGCCAGGCUCAGACGUUUGGGUCAGACACAGUUCAGGGGCAUGUGUGAUGCCUGGCACCGUGCCGCAUUUGCACUGUCAGUGAAGUGCAGUUUCCUCAUGAGCAGCAGCCGAAGCAACUGACUCAGAAAAUGUCUGACUGACUCCUGAGUAUCAUAAGACCACAACGCUGAAAACUGCGAUGGAGUGGAUUUAUGUGGGAGUCUCCAUUCUGAGGGUCUCGAGGUUCAUUCUUUGAGAUAUUGGCGGAAAAGUUAACAUUCCUGCGCAGUGAUGUGAGAAUUAGAGCCGGGGUGGGAAUCCUCCGAAAAGGGAGGGUUUGUUUGUGUUUUUAUGAGCGGCGCAGAUGUGUAACGCUGCGGAUCAAUUCAGAUGCUUCAUUCAGGGAUUAUUGUGCUGACAUUUUGCCGUAGGCUGAUGGAAACCUUGCACUUCCAGUUUAGGUAGUUUCCCCGUUGAUCGCUUGGUUCUAAAUAUUUUGAGCUUUGUUUGUCACUUGGGUCUCAUAUCCAGCUAAGAAGCGUUUAAAUGGUCAUUAUUUGAUAGAAGAACACAUAUAUUUACUAUAAACCUCAGCUGUUUGUUCACAGUUUGCAUACUCAGCUUAGAGUAAGUAGUCUGCACGUUUACAAGGAAAUCUCUUGCAUGUUUUUCCUCAUAGAUGGUGUUUAUUUCCUCGGCUGUGUUGAAACACAGAGAGCAUUUACCUUGCAAACAUUAAGAGAACCACACCCAGAGAUUUUCUGUGUGUGCAUUAAGGCCUCAGGGUGUGUUUCCUGUCUUGUGGCUGCCCUCUGGUGGUCCCUCAGUGCUGUGUUUGUGUUUGCUGAGCUGUGAUUGACAAAGAAAGGUCUGUUUGCGAUAGAUUUCUCACCAGCUAUGAAAUCAGUAAUGUGGUUUUGGCAAAUACUUAUUAAAUAUAUUUAAUUUGAAUUCAGUGCACUUAAACAAUCUGCAACUAUAAAUGAGUGAUAUUUAUCUUCUCUCUGUGCUAAUUUAGUAUUUUAUGCUGCUUUUAUUGCUCAACACACCUUCAAAUUCUCACACACAGUCUUAAAUGUUGAUGUUAAAGAGGAAACUUCACAUUGGACCGCUGUGGGAACUUUAACCUGACAGUACACUGCCCUCUGUUGGUGCAGAGCUAUAACUCCACUCUCCUUCGCUCCUCUGUUUGUGUCCUCAGGUGUCUUGAAGCCGUGGUGGUCUACUACAAAGCUGGUAAAAAAGAAGAACCUUAUGUCACCAUCUCCAGAAAAAUCCAUCUGAAGAAGGGACAGGGGUUACCCAUGGAGUGGGAAAUCGGCCAAUCAGAGCGGACCCUGGCCGCGCACAGAAACGCCUUCAAACGCACGGCGGUCAUCCAGGCUUUUCUGGGCUCUACACCUCAACUGACGCUGCAGCUGUACGCCACCAUCCAGGAGAAAUACUUCCAGCCUGCAAGAUGUAAGAAUGAUGGAGGGGUCAGGGGUCAUGUCACUGUUCCACCAUGAAGAAAUCAGACAAGUUUUACACUUUUGCAUCCUGAUACACUUAGCAACACUCAAAUAACUCUAAAAAUGAUUGAAAAACUGGGGUGUAAGAGCUUAUCUUGUUACCGUAAUGAAAAACUACACACAUAAGAGCAAUCUGAACCCUGAGUGAGGCUUGAUGACUUCAUACCACUUCCUAUAUUUUCAUUCCCUCUUAAAGAAGACAGUGUAUGAAUAGAUGUUUGUUGAUUUAAGAUGUAUGAUUAAAAAAAAAAAGUCUUUGAGAAGUCUUCAAAAAGUUGAGGCGCUGUGCGUACUGUUUUUUCUUUUUCAGAUUUAUACUUUUUAUUAAUUUUUCCAACAUACUCAUACCUGACAGGACAUCAAACAUAACAUCCAUACACACAAAGAUAACAAUAAUAAACAAAAAAAACUCUCCCUUCCACCCACUUCAAGGGGUCAUCCCACUGCUAUAUGCCUGAGUACAUCUCUAUCGCCUCAAAACUUAACAUAGGCAGCAAAAUAUAAAUAAAUAAAUAAGAAUAAAUAAAUCAUACUGGGACAGUAAAAUAAGAUGUGCUGUGUAUACUUUUAAUAAAGGCCUAAUAUGUUGGUUGUAAUAUGACCCAAACCCUUUAUUGAAUUAACAAUAUUGCAACAAAUAAGACAAUAAGACAAAAUAUUAGAUUGAAACUAAAAAGAGUUGUUGCUUUGGAAGAAACACACCAGCAAAAGUUUUCAAAAGAGUUAGGACUGGGACAAUAAAUCAUUUAAAGAAAUUUGUAAGGACCUGGAAGAACAUCUCCCAACUAUUGAGGUGAAUUUGUAACAGGUCACUAACAUGACUCUGCAUAAAAAGUGGAUUCCCUGCGGCAAAAAAGUCUAAAAAAGAGUAGGGGAGACCGGGGCUUGUUGUCACACUUUCUACACUCUUCUAUAUUUCUUGGAAUCAAUACUUCAUAUAUAAACAAAACAUGUACCAGAUGAAAGACCAAAGUCUCAGGUAUAUAUUUCAUAUUCAUGUCAUUUUCAUAUCUUGUGUCAGUGCAGAGUUAUAAGCAAUCAAAUAGAGAGUGUGAACAUGUGACAUGUUGCCCCACCAUCAGGUAAGUCGUCUCACUACAUGGAGUUAGAUGUCACAGUGGAUUUUGCAGCUAAUAAAAGAAGGACAAAAUUAUUGUUGUUCCAAUUUUUUUCCAUAAAAGUGAACAUCAAAGUCAGGCACAGAAAAUCUUUAUCAUUGAGUUAGAAAAAAGUAAUUGAACAGACAUUAAAAUAAAAUAUUAUACGACAUGCUCUGGAGUUUGGAGAGCUGUCUAACAUUGUAUUUCCACUGGGGUAAAUGUUUUUGCAGUACAGAGCCGAAGUAUGGUAGUUGACAUUAAAGUCCUUUAUUGUAGUUUAGACUGAUUUAUUAGCUAAGGUCUUAUCUCUGUAAAAAUUAAGUCAAAAUUUCAUUAUGACAGCUACUGAAAAGCAGACUCUAUGUUAAUUUUAAUCCCUCUUAAACAUGCGACAACUAACCCCAAAAUGACUGAGACAUGUUGCCCCAAACUACCAUGUUUGCUAAUUCUAGCUCUAGAUUAAAGUUAUCUUACAACAGAACAAUGACUGAGGUAUGACAGGAUGCCUUAAUCUCUCCUCUAACAAGUCCACAUGUAUUACUGCUUAGAUUUUUAUCUGGAAGAAGUUUUUUUUUUAAAUAUAUAAAGUUUUUUUUUGGUUUUUUUUGUAACUUUUGUCUGUGCGAAAUGGUUAAUUGGCGCUCAUCUCAGCUCACAACGUGCUCUUCUCUUUUCAGACAGGACACGACUCCUGACCACGUAAAGGAAUAAAAUUAGUAUUCCACUUUUUAGUUGCGCCCUCUGGUGGCAAAGAUAAUUGCAAUGUGACAAUCUACCCAUGUGACAACAAGCCCCACUUUUGUAUGUUGCACUGAGGUGAUGUUGGUGUUAGUAACAGAAAACUUGUGUCUGUUCUCGCAGUGACUCUGAUGAUCAUCACCCUCAUCUCCAUCACCUACGGGGCCCUCGUGUGCAGCGUUCUUGCCAUCCAGAUCAGAUACGACGACUACAAAGUGCGUUUACGCCCUGCAGCCUACCUGUGCAUGAUCGUGUGGAGGGGGCUGGAGAUCGCCACCCGGAUCACGGCUCUGGUCCUCUUCAGCACGGCGCUCACAUACUGGGUGAUCCUCGUCGGCCUGGUCAACUUGCUCUUCUUCUUCUUCCUCCCCUGGGCCGAGUUCUGGCACAAAAAAGGCUCGCUAGCAGAGGACGUGGAGAAGAACUUCUCCAAGCUGGGCACCACAAUAGUGCUGUGCAUGUUCACGCUGCUCUACGCCUGCAUCAACGUCUUCUGUUGGUCGGCGGUGCAGCUCGACCUCACACACAAGGAGCUCAUUGAGAGGAAGCAGCGCUGGGUUCGCCUCGCUCUGUACUACUGUGGACGCUUUGUGGAGAACUUCCUCCUCAUCACACUCUGGUACUUCUAUAAAUCAGACUUCUACGAGUAUGUGUGCGCGCCGCUGCUGGUGGUGCAACUGCUCAUCGGCUACAGCCUGGCUGUGCUCUUCAUGCUGCUCUUCUACCAGUUCUGCCACCCCUGCAGACGCCUCUUCAAGUACAAUGUCCAUGACUGCCUGCACUGCGUCUGCUGCUACAAAAGAAGGGAGCGGGACAAACAACGAAAGUCGCAGCCUUCGUACUCCACCACCGGUACCAUGGAGAUGGGGCUGGAGGAGCCGCUGGAGUUGCUCGGCGCUCAAAACUCAGAACCUCCUGACUUAACCAGACAGCUGGGAGAGCGAGAGACGGCUAUUUUAGACGAUAUAAUGGAAGCGGCAUGA